AAUUAUUUGUGAUGGAAGACGAUGAGAUAAGAAUGGAUAAUAUUGAUAAUUUAACUGAAGAAUAGUUAAAGAUACUUGAAUAGAAAUAUAAAUAGCAAUACUUACCAAAUUAUAGAUUGUAUUUGCUUGUCCCAUUCAAUUUGAUUACUGCAGGAUUUACUAUGUAUUACACUAUACAUUUCAAAUAUUAUUCAAAAAAGUUAUUUUCUCCUUAAAAAUUUGGAUUUAGAGAAGUAAUUAAAUAUGGCACAAUUCAAUCUAUUGUUUUUACAUCAUUUUAUAUUUUGGGUACUGCAGCAAUCACAGGUAUUUAAUCCAAAUAUAUAAAUCUUAGGACUCUACAAUCCAAUUGAAUAUAUGAGAGGUCUUGCUAAAAUAAAAGGAAAAUAAAUUGAUACUGCUUUGAAGUUUGAUCCUAAUUUCUAAAAGCAUUUCCUAUUUAAUUUAUUAGAUUAUUUUGGAGUUAGUGAUAAAGUUGUAAAUGAAGUCAAGUAUUAAAAAUAUUUAAUGUUAUUAGAGAUGAAUUAUUAUCGUAAAAGAAUGAACUAGAAUCAAAGAAUUACUUUAGUAAAGAAACGACAAAAUUGUUGAACUAAGAUCUGGAUAAAAAAUGA